GGUCCGCUCAGUCAGCAAUCCCGGCACACGGAGAAUCGCCGCCAAUCGUCAAUCUUAUACGGAAUACCACAAUCUCUCCAUGCCGCAAAUGGAGACAUGAAUCCCUGCUGGACAUGCCGUAAUCGGCGCGUUCAAUGCGACAAAUCUGGAACUCCUUGUGCCAAGUGCGAGAAAGCGGGGAUAGAAUGCUUCGACAAAAGACCAUUGAGGUGGGUCAAAGGUGUGGCGAUUCGUGGGAGGAUGCAAGGCUAUUCAUAUGAGGAUAAAUCAGAUGGACCAGUGAAAUUUUCCGAGAUUGCGAAAAAUGCUCGAUCGAAGCCAAGCUCCCUCGCUAGAGCUUUGGUCAGAUCUUCUCAGAGCAGAAGCCUGCCCGUUACAUUGCAAGAUCCGUCCAUGUUGAAUCUGGACCAGACUUCCAAGUAUUAUAUAGACUAUUAUAACGAACGUAUAUGCAAAUUGUUUAUUGUAUACGACAGCGACAAGAAUCCGUUUCGGAGCCUUAUCUCCUUUGGACUGCAGGAUCCUGUACUGCAAAAAGCCAUUCUUGCUCUUGCAGCGCGACAUCACGCAAAUACAGGCCAGCCAUUUCAUCGAAUUGAAGCGCCGAGCUCAUUUGGCCUUAUCAACGCCGAUCGCGAUGCGCUUCUUUUCAAGCAUCAGGCAAUGGAGGCGUUGUCCCGCGUCAUUGGUGCUGGAGACACACGGAAAAAUGAUACAACUGUUGCCAGCAUAUUUCUCCUCAUUUUCUUAGAUUUGCUCGAGUCUGGAAGUGAUGGGUGGAACUUUCAUCUUGAGGGCGCUAAAAGUUUGAUUACUUCCCACCAGUCGCUGCUGAACUCACAUGCCGGAGUUAACGAUGGCCCUGGUCGAACAUUGCAGGAGAUAUGGAGCUUUAUCUCCAAGCAAAUUCAUCUUAUCGAAACUUUGGGAGCAACAUUCUUACGACCAAAAUUGUUGUCAGAAGUUAUUCCCACCGACCAGGAAGAUGUUGAACAACAAGAGACAAUCGAACAAUCAUUCCUCGGAUGUCCGGAGUAUCUAUUGAAAGCAAUUCGAUUUCUCUCCAACGAAAGAGACACCAUUGCAGGAUCGAAGUUGCCGGAUAGCGCCACCGUUGAAACCCAUAUCCAAGAUACCACUGCCAUGCUAGAGCUUGUCCGAAACUUUGACUGUUACGCAUGGGCUUUGAAUGUUCAGCGCUCAAGACAAUCACCAAUGGAUGAAACAAAUAAUCUCUGUACACUAUCGCAGGCGUACAAAACCGGAGUUUUACUAUACGGGCAACGUGUUAUCGAUGCGCUCACAGGAAACACAACAGUGCAGGAUGAGCUGGUCUCUGAGCUGCUGGGCUUGCUCAAUGUUUUGAAAGACGAUGAAGCCCUUUUCAAGUGUGUUCUGUGGGCCAUUUUUGUCGCGGGCCUGGAGUGUCGAGUACAGGCCCAGAGGGACUUUUUGGUUGGAUGCAUGGAAAAAUUCUGGAUUGAUACGAGUUGUUUGAAUGUGAUUAAUGCUGCAAAGAUCUUGCAGGAUCAUUGGAAGCAGGAGGACAGCUCGGAGACCCCGUCACAGUGGAUAUUUGACAUUGGUUGCUUGGGCCGUGACUGGCUUUUAAUAUAA